CUGUUAUCUCGUCUAGGUGUGACCCUUCCUGAGCACGCUAACUACCACCGAGCGCGGCUAGGAUUGACUUCGAAAACCACCAUGCUAGCCGCUCGAUACUACGGGAAAGAAGAUGUUCGCAUCGUCAACGAUAUUCAGCGACCGAAAUGCGGCGCAGGGCAGGUGAAGGUUGAACCUGCAUUCGUCGGCAUUUGCGGAACAGAUCUACAUGAGUUUAUGGGAGGUCCGAACUUCUCCCCAACAUCUCCCCAUCCUAUCACAAAAGAAGCGAUACCCAUCACCAUCGGGCAUGAGUUCUCCGGCACCAUCAAGGAGCUGGGGAGCGGUCUUGAGCAUUCAGGCUUGAAGAUUGGUCAGAGAUUGGCCGUCCAACCCACAAUCUACUGCGCACAAUGCGGUGCUUGUUCAGUCGGAGCGGAGAAUGCUUGUCUCAACGGCGGCUUCAUUGGUCUGUCCGGUGGCGGUGGUGGCAUUAGCGAAGAGGUGGUGGUGCCUGCCGAAGCAUGCCUACCACUGCCCGACAAUGUUGGGCUCGACAUCGGCGCCCUUGUGGAGCCACUCGCAGUUGCCUGGCAUGCCGUCGACGCUUCGCCAAUCGCAGAGAUUAAGGAGCCGAAAUGCGUGGUUUUCGGUGGUGGACCGAUCGGUCUGGCAGUCGUGCAAGUACUGCGUGCAAGAGGGGCCAAGCUUAUCAUCUGCGUGGAGGUCGCUAAGAGACGUCAAGAAUUUGCAAGUGAGUUCGGCGCGGACCACGUACUGGAUCCGACGAAGCAUGAUGUUGUCUCUACUGCGUUGGAGUUGUGCGGUGGAAUGCAUCCUCCAGAUCUCGCCUUCGACUGCGCCGGCGUCCCGCAAUCUCUGGAAACCGCAUGCAAAGUCAUAAGAAGCCGUGGAACAGUCGUCAACGUCGCUAUAUGGGAGCAUGCGAUAAGUUUCAAUCCGAACUGGCUCGUUUUCCGCGAGGCCAACUACAAAGCUGUCCUUGGAUAUCAGAGAAAAGACUUCAAGGGUGUCAUCGAGGCGCUCGGCGAAGGCAAGAUCAAGCCGGCGAAAAUGAUCACCAGUCGAAUACAGAUGGACAAGCUCGUGGACGAUGGAUACUGGGCGUUGAUCAAAGAGAAGGAUAAGCAUGUUAAGAUACUGGUUGAUGUCAAGGCCGGUGUCUCCGAUCCAGCAAGCAUUGUCAAGUCAACGUGAAGCUGGUCCCGCUUGUGCAACUAUACAUUCUUGGACGUUCCUAGCCCUUUUGUGCGAUCGUCCUCAGGCUUGUGUCGGAGAUAUUCGAGGAUCUGGGCGAUAGUGAGAUGCUCAUCCCCAUAUAAAGAAACUACCAACAGCGUCAGGGCUCAUAUUGGGUCAUCUCACUGUUUAGCAUCUAAGCGCGGCCCAGGUAUGUCCGCCGUAUUGAGACACAUGCUCGUCCACGCCAUUAAAGACACCGUGUGUGUGAGGCCGGCAGCCCCUACAGAAC